AUCCCUAAAACGUAGUAAUCAGGCUUACAUACACAAAUGGCUUCUUCCAUGACCUUACAUGGAGCUUCUUCCUCUUCUUUUUCCACCCGUCCACGGCCUUAUGAUGUGUUCUUGAGUUUUAGAGGCAAAGAUACCCGCGACAAUUUUAUUGCUCAUCUAUACAACGCUUUGAUUCAAAAGGAAAUCUAUACCUACAUAGAUGACCAACUUAGGGGAGGAGAUGAAAUUUCAGAAGCACUUUUCAAAGUCAUCAAAGAGUCGAAGAAUGCAAUCGUUGUACUCUCUGAGAACUAUGCAUCGUCCACCUGGUGCUUGGACGAGUUGAUGGAGAUCCUUAAGUGUAUGGAAACAAAGCACGUCUUGCCAGUGUUUUACAAAGUAGAUCCAUCGGACGUACGCCAUCAAAAAAAGAGUUUUGGUGAAGCACUAGCCAAGCAUGAAAGCAGAUUCAAAGAAGACACUGUGAAGAGUUGGAAGAUAGCACUAACUAAAGUUGCCAAUUUAUCCGGCUUCCAUUUGGAGAAAGGGAAUGAAUUUGAAUUUAUCCAACGAAUUGUUCAACUUGUGAUCUCAAGAAUGAACCGUCAUACAUACUUAAAUGUUGCCAAGUAUCCAAUUGGACUAGAGUCUCGUGUACGAGAUAUCAAAGAUCGUUUUUUAAGUCUAGGAAUGAGUGACAGACACAAAGUAGGAAUCUUUGGAGUUGGUGGAAUUGGUAAGACAACUAUCGCAAAAGCGAUCUAUAACUCGAUUGCUGAUCAAUUUGAAGAUAAAUGUUUUCUUGCAAACGUUAGAGAAAAUUCAAAGCGAGAGGGUGGUCUAGUCCAAUUGCAGAAGACACUUCUUUAUGAUAUCCUAGGCGACUCAAACUUGAAGAUUCGCAAUGUUUAUCAAGGAAUCAAUGUCAUAAAGGAAAGACUUUGCAAUAAAAAGGUUCUUUUAGUUCUUGAUGAUGUGGAUCAAUUGAUUCAGUUAGAUGCAUUAUCUGGAGAAUAUGAUUGGUUUGGUUUGGGGAGUAUAACCAUCAUAACGACAAGAGAUGCACAUUUACUUGCUAAGCAUAAAGUUAAUUUAGCAUACAAGAUGAAGGAAUUGGAUAACAAUGAAGCUGUUCAGCUCUUUAGUCGACACGCCUUCCAAAGUGAUAAACCUAAUGAUGAUUUUGUUGAACUCACUGAAAAAUUCCUACUUUAUGUUGGGGGCCUCCCACUAGCUUUAACGGUGUUAGGUUCGGAUCUAUAUGGAAGAGACAAAAAUCAUUGGAAAAGUGUAUUGAAAAAGUACGAAAGAAUUCCUCAUAAUUAUAUUCAUGAAAAGCUUAAAAUAAGUUAUGAUGGAUUGGAAGAGAAUGAGAAAAAUAUUUUUCUUGACAUUGCUUGUUUCUUCAAAGGAGAGAAUGCAGAAUAUGUCACUAAAAUACUAGACAGUUGUGAUUUCUUUCCGGAUAUUGGUCUUAAAGUGCUUAUGGAUAAGUCUCUCAUAACUAUUGAUCAGAAUGAAAGAUUGAUGAUGCAUGACUUAUUGCAAGAUAUGGGUAGGAAAAUUGUUCGUCAAGAAUCACCCAAUGAACCUGGCAAACGCAGUAGGUUGUGGUUUCAUGAAGACGUCCGUGAUGUAUUAGAAGAAAAUAUGGGAACAAACAAAAUUGAAGGCAUACUAGUGGAAUUGCCGGAACGAGACUUGAUACAGUGGAGUUCCAAAGUGUUUGUGAAGAUGAAAAGGCUCAGAUAUUUUAUAUGUCGUAAUGCAAACUUUUCUACAAAGCCGACUUAUCUCCCUAAUGAGUUAAGAGUCCUUGAUUGGACUGAAUGUCCUUUAGAAUCUCUGCCAUCCAAUUUUCAUGGACGGAAACUCACUAUUCUAAAAAUACGUAAUGGCCUCUUUAAAGGACUCAAUGGCGGAUUUCAGAAUUUAUCAAACCUGAUUAUUAUGGAAUUCAUUCGACUUAAAAGCCUAACUGAAAUUCCUGAUAUUUCAAGAAUUCCAAAUUUACAAGAAUUACGUGUUUCUCGUUGCAAAAGUUUAGUUAAGGUUCAUGACUCUGUUGGAUUCCUUGAUAAGCUUACCCUUAUGUCAUUUUUCGAAUGCUCUAACCUUAUUCAUCUUCCAAGUAGCAUUCUUCAGUUACAGCAUCUCGACUAUCUUUGUGUCCGAGGGUGUCCAAAACUUGUAACAAAUGUGAGGGAUGAAAGACAAUCCAUGCUCCCAAUUGUGUCCAUAGAGGGAAGAACAGAAUUAUUUUUAUCGCCUCCUCCAGCGAAUUUAAGCAUUUCCGAUGUUGGUUGUUCCUCGGUUGGGUUUCCGGCACUAACACGACUGGUUCUUGAUAAAAUACAUUUCUCUGGGACACUUUUCCCUUCCACUUUAGAGGUGUUAGAUAUAUCAGGGAGUGAAAUUGUUAGUCUGCCUGUAUGGAUCAAAACAUUUGUUAGAUUGAGGUGGCUUGGGUUUGCCCAAUGCAAGCAACUUCAAGAAAUUCUAGAACUUCCAGCAAAUAUAAAAGAAAUAAGUGCUGGCGGAUGUGUUUCAUUGGAAAGUUUUCCGCAAAUAUCAAAAGAAAAUCAAUUCAAUACAAGUCAGUUGCCAGCGUUAGAGUGGAUUGAAUUGACUGACUGCGCUAAAAUGGCUAAGAAAAUAGGGAAUCAGGUGGAAGAUUUUUUAUUGAAUAAGGUACAUUAUAAGGACUCUUUUUCCGGUGGAAUUGUAUUUCCUGGAAAUAGGAUACCAGACUGGUUCCGCCAUAGUAGGGACUGUUCAUAUGGUAGUCAAUCAUGUAUAAUAGAUAUUAAAGGGCUCCCUCCUUUGGAUGAGAUCCAAGGAAUUGUUUUUUGUGCUCUUCUUCAACCCAUUCGUGAGGGCUUCCAUGAUAAUACUAUAGAUGUGGUUCAGUUUACGAUGAGGCAUAAAGGUAUAGACAUAAUUGGUAGACUGAGAGAAUUCAAGUUUGUGGAAUCAAAAAAUGUAUGGCAUGACUACUUCGACCUAGAAUAUUUUGAGCUAAAGGGUGGCAGUUUGCAAGUUGAGUUGUCUAUAAUUUCACGGAUGUUCGUCAGAAGUGUCGGAGUUCAUAUUAUACACAAGGAUGCAGAGAAUGCGAAAGAUCAUCCAGAUGUGACCCACAUGGAUUUUCAUUUCUCUAGUGAUGAAUCCAAUGGAAGAAGAACUUAUUUCUUGGAAAGUUCAUCCGCAGAGGACGAAUCCGAUGAAGAAAUUGAAAAUUCAGUGUGUUCAAUCGAAGAGGAUGAAGUCGAUGAAGAAAGUGAAAUUCCAAAAUGUUUAACCAGAAAGGAUGAACGCAAUAAGAUUGAAAGGAUUCGUCCAUCUAAGAGCCGAUGUGACGACGAUGAUGAUAAUGGUGAUCAUUACAACUUGGAAUCCAGUUGUUUUUCAGUUUUUCUGGCUUGGAAACGGUGUUUAGGGUGCAAAUGACAAAUGGGGUUCCAUAUUUGAGAGAGAGCCACUAGCUUGAGUUCCCAUCUCAAUUCGCAGGAGAUGGAUGUAGAAGGAACUCCUGCACUCCAUGGACAUGUAUUGAUUAUUUGGAAAUUUCAUCCUCAGAGUACGAAUCCGAUGAAGAAAUUGAAAAUUCAGUGGGUUCAAUCAAAGAGGAUGAAUUCGAUGAAGAAAGUGAAAAUUCAGUGUGUUCAAUGAAAUCGAUGAAGAAAGUGAAAUUGCAAUGGGUUCGAUCAAAGAGGAUGAAGUCAAUGAAGAAAGUGAAAAUUCCAUGGGUUCAAUCGAAGAGGAUGAAUGCAAAACAAUUGAACGGAUAUCAGAUGGUAUUCAAUCAUCAAAGAGGCGCCGUGAUGAUGCUUGUAACUUGGAAUCCAAUUGUAACCCACAACAAAUGAGGAGUUAUUUUUCGGAAGAAAUCUAUCCCGUGGACCAUUGAGUGGCGGUUUCACUCAUCAAAUGUCGUUUUGCAUGAUCACGGGGCUGAGAUGGCAUGAGAUUUCUCUUAUUGUAUCAAAUGCUGCAGCCUUACUUCCUGCAUUUAUGGUCCUUCAAAAGAAGCUCAAUGAAGGAAGUGAUUAUUUCUUGGGAAGUUCAUCCGUAGAGGAUGAAUCCUAUGAAGAAAGUGAAAAUUCAGUGUUCAAUCAAAGAGGAUGAAGUCGAUGAAGAAAGUGAAAUUUUAGAAUGUUCAAUUGAAGAGGAUGAACUCGAUGAAGAAAGUGAAAAUUCAGAACGUUUAACCGAAGAGGAUGAACGCAAUAAGAUUCAAAGGAUUCAACAAUCUAAGAGCCGUUGUGACGAUGAUAAUGAUGAUGGUGAUUAUAACUUGGAAUCCAGUUGUUUUUCACUGAAGCGCAUGCUCAUAGUGAAGUGGCAGCCGUGAGGAGUCCUACUGCAGCAGCUGAGGCUCCUGCUCCUAGUGAAAUGGCAGCUGUGAAAAGCAAGGCUAGCUGCUGCUGCUGCAAUUGAUAAAGAUGUUGCUGCAAUUGAUGAAGAUGAAGCUGAGAAGAAUUCUACUACAACAGAUCAAGACAAGAGGAGAAGGAGUGAAGCUGUACAACACUUAUCCAAGAUAAAGUGCAAAGAAAGAGAAGUUGGAUUCAAACCAACUUCCCAUUCUAAGAUUGAAGUAGAAAACCUUCAAGUUAUUAAUGUUAGAUAACAUUCUGUUUUCAAUCUCUAGUUUCCAGCUUUUAAUCAAAGUCAUUGUAAUUACUUAGAACACCUCAUGUAUAGUUCAAAUAGGUUUCUUCCUUUGUAAUUGCUUAUGCUUAUAAAUAAUGUUUUCCUUCAAUGGUUUUGGAAUUCUG